UUUUGUGGAUAACACCUGCAGAGCAUUAAAAUUUAUGCUGUAGCAUAAAAGUCAGUCAACUGGUUUGGAGGUUCAUUUCGUCGCGAAUAGAACAUUUACUCAAACAACAGCGAUUACGGAUCUUUUAGAUUUUUAUUGUAUAUAAUCAAUUUUAAUUAAUAAAUAGUUGAACAUGUAAAGCUAUUAGAACGUUUGCUAAUAGCAGAUUGUGAUAAAAAUUGUUCAAAUUGAAAAAAAUGUCAUUAGAACCAUCGGCUUGUGAAGAUUUAAAAGCUUUCGAGCGGCGCUUGACAGAGGUUAUUGCAGCGCUUCAACCAGCAACUUUACGAUGGAGGAUACUGUUAUGCACCAUGUCCUUGAUCACUUUCGUAGGAGCAUUCUACUGGCUAACAGAUCCACGAACCUCAAUCGUCCCGCUGAUGGACUCACUGUGGAACCAUCCAGUAUUCACCUUCUCAACUGCAAUUUUAUUGCUUUUAUUUGUCUUCGGCAUCCACAAGCUGGUGAUAGCACCGCAAAUAAUAACCUCGCGGACCCGCAGCGUUCUGGCCGAGUUCAACAUGUCCUGCGACGAGACGGGGAAGCUAAUCCUGAGACCCCGUCCGACCAAUAACUCCCGGUAUAUGGAUAUGAGCUAGGAGAAGUGCUUCCAUACUUUCGUUUGCACCCUGGUUUACCGAAAGCACUUUGUGUGGUCUAACUUAAAUCCCUUCGAUCAAACCGUCUUAUUUUCUACAUAUUUUUGUAGAUUCAUAAAAGAUUUGAAAUAUAUUAGUACACAUUGGGGCGAAGGGAGUAAAUUUGAAAACGAUUUAAGCUGAUCUGAUGCAAUGUCGACGAUGAUUCACUAGAAUCGAAUAUAAAAUUGGAAUAUUGCAAACGGCAGAAUUAGAUUGUAAAUAAUAA